AUGUCUGUUCUUUUAAACCAGGCGCGAGUCGAAGAUGACCCUAUGGAACUCGACCAAAAUAGUUCUGUAACUCAUCCCAAUUUGGACCCUUCGCAGAAUUCCCUAGAGCAUGCAAGUCCAGUAUCUCCGCUCUCACCAAAAGUCCCAUCAGCAUCCCCACUCUCACCAAAAGUUCCAUCUGAGCCUAUAGAAAAGCCUACAAAUGAAGAGCCCCUCAAAAAACCUGCAAAAGGUCUCCGUCGAGCGAUAAGAAAAAUUCUUAACUCCGCACCCAAUGAUCUUUACGGAAUAGCGAAUUCAACUAAAUAUGAUUCACCAGUGACCAUUAAAAAGAACUUUAACAAAAUCUCCAAACUUGUUCAUCCUGACAGAGUCCUCGAAAAAUUCAAAAUUCGGGCUACUAUAGCUCAAGCGAUGCUACUGGAUCCAUCCAGGAGGGCUAAGUUUGAUACUGAAGGUGUUUACACAGCUCCUCAGGCAGAGGAAGAUAGAAACAAUCCAGACUUUGCGCCCAAUGCUUGGGACGACGAUUCUGAUUUGGAUUCAGACUCAGAUUCAGAUGAUGGAGAUGAAGAUGAAGAUGAAGGUGAAGAUGAAGGAUCCCAAGAUCCACCAGAUGAAUAUAUCAAAAGCGUUUAUGCUGAAGCAACAACAUGGGUCCAGCAGGUUUUGAAAAAGGGUCAGACUUUUAAUCGGAAUCCAACAGGAGAAAAGGAGAUCCAAUUCUCGGAAUCAAAGGAGUUCGAAGAUAUCAAAACCAAGCAAAAGGAGUUCAACGAAAAAAUUAAAGCUCACAACGAAUCAAAAAAAGUGGAAAAAACCCGGCACACUUUUGAUAUCACAACAGUCCAUCUGUCCAACAGUGAAAUGGCAAAGAAAUAUGUAGAAAUUUGGACCAAGAACAAGUCCGAUCUUCCUGCCUUUGAGUUUAUUGUCUAUUACAGCAAUAAUAUCAAGCGUGUCAAUAAAGAAGAAGGAUAUCCACUUGAAUGGAAUUUUUAUUCAUUCAAAGAUCCAGCUCCUUCAAAUAUCCCCAAUGAAUCUGUGAAAGAUCAGGAUCAAUCAAAAAAAAAGGGAAAAUCUAGUGGCGCCGGAAAGGAUGCGGGUACUAACGGAUCAUCUGGAAGUCAAGGUUCACAGAGCCAAGAGAUCAAACCAUUGAAACCCGGGUUCACAACAGAUGGUGAAAAGAUAGUUGGCAAGUUGCCUAAGACCGUUUACAGUGGCUACACUGAUACAUCGAUCAUUACUGAAUGCAAAUUCUUUGUGGAGGUUUAUUUGCAGAAUCAGAAAAACCAAUCAAUAUUUGAUAUUGAGCUCCGGACUGAAGCCGAUAUUGGCUUUGAAGCAGCACGAAGUUAUUUGUAUGAUCUCCCUGAGGAAGAACAAGUAGAACUUUUGGAGAUAUCUAAAAAUAAAAAGGGGGAAUAUAGGAGAAAAUUUCAGGUUAUUACAGGAGUUACAGCUCAAGAGUAUGGAACCCUAAGUUAUAAAAGGCUUCCUCCCACAUAUGUUCGUGGUAAAUUCAAAGAUGGACGGGCUACUAAGGAAUAUUUCAUGACCCGAACAACUCUUCGAACAAUCUUAGGCCACGAUACCGCCGAUCAAUUGAUUCAACAACAUUACAACCAGUAUGAUAUUGAAGUAAAAGAACCACCUUGGCCCAAAUGCAUGGAUUGGAAACCAACACGGAAGGCAAUCCGUGGUGGUAGAUCUCUACGGGAGCAAGAGCAAUCCGAUUCCGAAUCCGAGGAAAACCAUACAUCUAAAAUCAACAAGGGACGAAAUCGAAUAGCACGAUCCGAAACCCCGAAUGAAAUAGAAACUCUGACACAAACAGUAGAGAAAUUGAAGCAAGAUUCUCAACAAAAUGACGAGGAAAGAAACCGUUUGAUGACCGAAACAGUAUCAAAAGAAGUAGCUAAAGCGGUGGCUCAGAUGAUGAUGCAGAUACAGCAAGAGUUCCAAAUUAUGAGCAUAAAAAAUCAAACUUCCGGUUAA